GCGGCUGAGGGCAGAAAAUCGCUUUAGCCAUGGCGUUUCUUGCGAAUUUUCAGUUCGAGUUCAAAAUAAUGGAGACAAUGGAGAAGAAUCCGUUAUUCAACGCCAGUGGAGAAACUGGCUACUGGAAGAAAACGCAGCAAUUUCGAAGUCCAGUCCGCAGAGCUAACUCUCGGUCGGAUGUCAGCUCGAUAACCCGGCUUCUGAGAGUCUCUACCAUCUCAAUAUCGAGGCUUGGUAUGUUUGUUCCAUUUGAUCUUUGUAUAUACUCUUAUAGGGUUCGAAUCAGAAGUUCUCAAGCUUGUCUUGCCUGCAAAGCGAAGACAUAUGAAUCAGAAGCUGAUGAUCACAGUUUAGUGGCAGUUCCCUUUAACCUGUUGGCUGCAGAAAGGGAGGAAGCAAAAGCUGUUCUAUCAUUAUUCCUUAGAAAACAGGGAUUCAGCAAUGCUGUGGCUUUAAGGAUUGUCAAAAAGUCGGAUCUUUUUAUUGAUCAUCUUAUGUCAAAACUCCAGAGUUUCUAUAAAUCUUGGUUUCUUGUAGGAAGAGAGCUCACUACAAUUGAAAUCAGAAACGCCCUCAUUCCUUACCUAGAAUCUCUUCAUGAAGAGAAUGGUGAUCUUUUCGUUGAUCUGGUGGUGAGCUACCCGAAUCCUCCUGGUUGGGAAAAGGCUAAUCCAGUUAGUCUAACAGCAAGCUAUAGCCUUGGAAAGAAAGAAAGGGCUGUUGCACGAGUUUCUCAGGAGAAUGCUGAUGGGCUUCUACCUGCUAAUGUUCUAUACCUCAUGGACCUCGGUCUGAAACUUGAACAAAUUAAGGGCAUUGUAAGUCGAUUCCCUGCUUUUGCUUACUAUACUUUGGACCAAAAGAUCAAGCCUUUAGUAGAGUUUCUCCUUGAGCUUGGUAUGGAUAAAUCAGAUAUACCAACCAUCCUUCAUAAAAGGCCUCAGUUGUGUGGGAUCAGCCUCUCAGAGAAGUUGAAGCCCAUGAUGACUUACCUUGAGAGCUAUGGGGUUGACAAAACCAAAUGGGCUAAGGUGAUAUACCGCUUCCCUGCACUUCUCACCUAUAGCAAGCAGAAGGUAAAGGCUUCGGUGGAUUUUCUCAGUGAGAUAGGUGUUCCAGAGAAGAACAUAGGGAAGAUUUUGACACGAUGCCCCCAUAUAACUAGCUAUAGUGUGGAAGAAAAACUACGCCCUACUGCGGAAUACUUUCUGUCAUUGAACAUUGAUCCUGCCUCUCUAAUCUACCGAUGCCCACAGACCUUUGGUCUAAGUAUUGAUGGGAAUCUUAGACCCGUCAAUGAAUUCUUCCUUGAGAGAGGUUACAGCGUGCAGGAAAUUGCAACCAUGGUUUUGAGAUAUGGAGCAUUGUAUACCUUUAGCUUGUCCGACAACAUAAUACCGAAGUGGAACUACUUCCUCACAAUGGAUUAUCCAAGAUCAGAACUGGUCAAAUUUCCUCAUUACUUUGGAUAUAGCUUAAAUGAAAGGAUAAAACCUAGACAUUUUCGGAUGAAAGAAUGCAAUGUAAGGUUGAUUUUGAAUCAAAUGCUAUCCAGUUCUAACAGUGAAUUUGAAAAAGUCGUGGAGAAAAGAAUGUGCAAAUUACCAGGUUCAUUUGGCUCUACAAAAGCUUGCUCGGGUCAAUCUCUUCGGCUAGAAGAAUGCUCGCCUCUUUUUUGCUCACCAAAUCAACAGGAGCUACUUUCCCGCACUCAUCUCAAACUAGCAAUUUCAUCAGCAGUUCAUCAUUCCUUCUAGAUGUCUUAUGACCUCAUAUAUCCAGUCAGCAACUCCUAAUCACUCGAUUGUUAAUGUCUAUCUAUUGGAAUUUUGAUUUAUAUGUUCAUGUGUCUGUAACUGUUUUAUUAUAUAUUUUCUAAUCAUUUGUAUAUAAAGGUUAAGAUAUAGCUUCUUGUG